AAACCAUCACAAGAAAUGUAGCGGAAAAUCACACGGCCCAGAAUGGACGUCAUCCACACGUGCGAGCCGCAAGAUUGCGUUUAUGUUGCGCUUGUGUGUUCAAUAACAAAAGCUUAAUCCUAAUCCUAAUCCUAAUAUAAUCAUCAGAAUCAUAGGCCUAUGAUUAUGGCAGAGACAGAGUUUGGUUUUGUUUGUUUUAGUUAAACACGACAAACCACAUUAGUACCUACAAUUCCUCUUCUUCUCUCCAAUUCAUCAUUCUGUCAACUGUUUUGAUUCCCACUUUUUAGAUUCCGUUACCGGUUUUUCCCAAUUCCAGACCAAUCAUCAGUUUAUAGAUGAACAGCAAGCUUAUAAUUUUUACCAGUGAGGACAGAAAAAGCUGAUUCACUUGAAGACUCGAGAGCUAUGCCUUCAUCUUCACCUGUUCUUCCCACUCUUAUGGAAAGCAAGUAUUUGAAGCCCCCUGAUUCUCUUCAGUGUUCACCGAUCAGGGGUUUGACUGCAAAUCCUGCCUCACUGCAAGCAACAUCAUCAAGUCCGAUCAGAAGUGUUGGACCGGUGUUGUUGUCAAAUGCUGAAUGUCCUGGCAGCAUCCCUUUUUCCUCUGUUUCGCAGCAUGAUAGGCGAUAUCAAGAUUCUUCCUUUGCUUCUCAGACAUUAGGUGACAGUACGUCUUCGGAAAUCCAUUCGACAACAUUCACUUCCCUCCCUCAAGAAAAUGGCGAUAUUUCCUGGGGACCAGAUCCAAUGGAGGACAUUCUUAGUUUUCCUGAAAUGUUUUCUGUCCAGCAUGAUCAGGUGGAAAACAUUGCUGGCUACAUGAAUGACGACAAUGCCAAAAAAUCUGAUUUCGGGGAGUGGGUUGAACAGCUAAUGACAAUUGAUGAUUCUCUUCAUCCAAAUUGGAAUCAGCUUCUUGAUGACGAUGACAAUGUUGCAGAACCAACACCAAAGGCAAAUCAGGUUUCCCCGAAGCAGCAGCAUAUACCAUCUGGAGAAGUCAACGGUCUUUGUAAUUCUGCUUCAGCAUCGACUGCACCUCAAACUAAGCCUAGAAUGCGUUGGAGUCCUGAACUUCACGAGGCAUUUGUGGAAGCAGUCAACCAGCUUGGUGGUAGUGAGAAGGCUACUCCAAAAGGUGUCUUAAAUCUGAUGAAAGUUGAGGGCCUUACUAUUUACCAUGUAAAAAGCCACCUGCAGAAGUAUAGAACUGCCAGAUACAAACCUGAGUCAUCAGAAGAAGGAACUUCUGAGAAAAAAAUGAAUUCGAUUGAAGACGUGAAAUCUCUAGACUUGAAAACGAGUAAGGGAAUCACUGAAGCACUACGGUUGCAGAUGGAACUCCAAAAGCGGCUUCACGAACAACUUGAGAUUCAAAGGAAGUUACAGAUUCAAAUUGAAACCCAAGGAAAACAUCUUCAGAUGAUGUUUGAGAAACAGAAACAAAUGGGUGACAACAAGGGCUCAUUAUCCCCUUCAAACGCGCCUUCUGCCACACUCUUGGACACGGGGCUACCUUCUUCUCCAGCAAACAAUUCAAAAACUUCAAAUGAUGAAGGCGACAAAUUAAGAUGUAAUACUGACAUUUCAAAAGCCAUACCUGAAGAAAGUUUUGAAAAUGCAAGCAGAAACCUAAUGGUAGAUGAAGCUGAAGUUACAAAUGAACAUGAGAGGGUAGAUGAUCAGUUUUCUGCCAUACCCCCCACGAAACGGGCGAAGAUUCAAUGACAACUUCUGGAGAUAACAUGCUCGAAUUUUGCUUUCUGCUUAUCAUAAUGAUAAACUCAACUUUAACAGUAGCCAGCAGCUAUGACUCAAAUUUAAUUUUUUGGGGGGUGAAGUUAAUUUCACUCCCAAGAUUUGUUUUAUAUUCUUUGACAUGUUUGGACUCCAUGGAACUUGUAGAUAUAUUAUUGGAUCCAAGAACUAUUUCAACUAAAUUGGUUUUUAUGUUUUAUAAGGUUAACUGGCAGCCAAGUUGAUCAUGUUAUCUACUGUAGUACUUGAGGGUUUCGUGA